AUGUUUGAUACUGAGAAGUUCAUCUUAGAAGUAGAGAAGCGACCUCCACUUUAUGACGUCCAGUCAAAAGAAUAUUCAAACAGAAAUGUUAAAGCUCAGUGCUGGAUGGAGGUAGGAGCAGCUGUGCACGACAACUGGGAGGAAAUGACUCCCCAAAUGAAGGACGAAGCAGGCAAAGAUAUGAUGAAAAAAUGGAAGACUUUGCGUGACAAUUUCGUUCGGGAACUACGUAUUUUAAAGAAAAAUGAGACUGGAGCUCCAGCAACAAAAAAAAGAAAUACAUUUUCUUUGACCAACUGUCUUUUUUGACACCUUACAUGAAGCCCAAUGACAAGAACGUAUCAAAUAUUCCACCCCUUGAACACAUUAUAUCUGAACAAGAAGCAGUAGAAACAGUAGAAACAACUAAUGCAGAUGACAAUGACCGUGCUGACAGCGUUUCAAAUUCGUCACUAGUUGAACGUCAGAAGAGACAAGAACGUGUGUCAAAAAGAACUAAUAUUGAGAGAACUUUGACAUCAGCUUCAAAAAACAUUACAUCAUUGAUGCAAGAAAGCAUCGCCAUUCAAAGAGCGAACACUUCCUCAGCUAACAGCUCAGAUAAAUCUGGGAACAAGGCAUUUUUAAUGUCCUUUCUUCCUGUUAUGGACAGCCUACCACCACUUGCUGCCUUUGAUGUUAGGAUGCAACUAACUGAAGUGUUCCGAAAUGCUAUUAUGAAC